AUGUUGCAGAAAGCAGAAGUGCCUCGCGGUCUUCGUGCCGGUGAUAAAAGGGCGAUCGUUCCUGGAGCACGGGGAGCGACCGACGCACGUGUGGGGCUGGAAGGAUGUCAGUGGAGAAGAGUAGUGUGGCACCUGCUCCACUCAUAUCCCCGUGGCAGCUUCGACGGCGCUCAUUGCACCUCGCGACUUUAUGAUGCCUGCGCAACUCAAUUCGCCUCUGGACGGCCUUGA